GCGAUGCUCAAGUUGGGAUUCGCGGUUCCCACACGUUGGUCCCUUAGGUGUCGUCGCCUGGGAAUGAGCACCAUCACUGGCGAGGCGCGAAUCUCUAUGGACAAGAAAAAAACUAAAAGACUGGAAAGGGAAAACCUUGAGGAGGCUGAGUCCGACGCCCAGCCUUCGGAAAAUGGAUCUAGAGCGCCCAGGAACGAAAGGGUGAUGUUCAACCAUGCUAUUCAGGAGAUCCUUCGAAGGCCUCUGGAGGUGCCAACAAUAAUUGGCGACGAGCCGGUUUACACAAUGGACAACCAACGGGUCUUCUGUCCGCAUCGAAUCAAGACGAACCUGGCGCAGGUGUACUACGCCAAUCGAAAGCAAAUCGAGGCAGCAAUCAAGUCGGUCUUAACAGAGCAGGGCACUUGGAGUCUCGUCCCCAUUGCCGAGCGCUUGGCCAUUUGGCGACGUGCAGCGGACAUCAUCGAAGAGGACGAGCUCCGGUUGCGUGUUUUUCUGAUGCUGACCCUCAGCAAAACCGCCGACGAUGCCACACGGGACAUCCGGAGACUACUCAGCUCGUUGAGGGCCAAUGCCGACUAUCUGGAGCACCUUUCUGAUCUGCGCUUCGAGAUCCAGGGCGAUUUGAACGUGUUCCCCAGCUUCCACUUGCGACCCAUGGAUGGAUUUGUGGCAGCGUUAGCACCAUUUGAAUCGCUGGCCUUGUCCACUAGCUUGGCCCUCUGUCCUGCACUGAUGGGCAACACGGUGCUGUGGAAUCCCUCGUUGGAGGUGGCCCCGGCCAGCUUCCUUAUUCUGCGGGCCUUUCAGGAGGCGGGACUGCCCAGCGGUGUGAUCAACUUUGUGCCGGCCAACGAACGCCUGUUCCUGGACACCAUCACGGAUGCGGUGCACUUCGCCGGACUGAACUCCCACGGCAGCGCGGCUGGCUACAGGCAUGUUCACAAGCUGGUGAGCGACCGGAUGGAGCGGUACAUCUGUUUCCCUCGUCUGGUGGCCGAGUGUCCGGGUCAGAACUUCCAUUUCGUUCAUGCCAGUGCCAAGGUGGAAUCUGUGGUGUCGGCCACCGUGCAGGCGGCCUUUGGAUUUGCCGGACAGUACUCCAACUCCCUGUCCCGAUUGUACGUGCCCUCGUCUCUUUGGCCGCAAAUCCGGGCAGAGUUGCUAGAGGCCACCGAGAAGCUGGUAGUCGGGGAUCCCGUCCAGUUGGAAACGGAUAUGGGGGCGAUGGUGAAUGGGGAGGCAUUCCAACGGAUGCAGAAAGUCCUGGAGCGCACUAGGAACAUGGAGCAGUUGUGCGGUGGGACUUACGACGACUGUGAUGGAAGAUUUGUUCAGCCGACGAUUGUCCGGGUGGCGGAUCCAUUGGAUCCAUUGCUGUGUGAGCCGUGCUGCGGGCCCUUAUUGCCGAUAUUCGUCUAUGCGGACGACUCCUUUGGGGAGGCACUAAAACUGGCCGCCAACCAGUCUAGAUACGCGCUGUCGGGCUCCAUAUUCGCCAGCCGGGACGAGGUGAUUCUCCAUUGCCUUAACCAGCUGCGCAUGUCUGCCAGCAAUCUCUACGUGAACGAGCGAUGCACGGGCAGCAAUUACGGUUUGACUCCCUUUGGUGGCAAUCGGCUGUCUGGAACAAACGAUAAAUCCGGAUCUGCGUAUUUCCUUAUGCGCUGGAGCUCCCCACUGCUCAUCGAGGAGACGGUCGAGGGACCCGUUCCGUCAUUAUCAUCUAAAAUAUUUCCCUAAAUCAGGGACGCAUUAAAUAAAUUUUAUUCAAUGACAUUUUAAA